AUGGCCGCUGUUGCAGAGAACGGCCACGCGCCCGUGGCUGAUGAGAACGCCGCCCCCGUUGCUGCCGCCGUUGAACAGAAGGAACAGACCGAGAAGACGAAUGGAGACUCCGUUACAGUAUUCCACGACCCUGAGAACUUCAAUGUGAAGCAUCCCUUGAUGCACGAAUGGACUCUUUGGUUUACCAAGCCUCCCAGUGGCAAGGGCGACAACUGGAAUGACUUGCUUAAGGAAGUCGUGACGUUCAACUCCGUCGAAGAGUUCUGGGGUAUCUACAACAACAUCUCGCCCACGUCCGAGUUGGGCCUCAAAGCAGACUACCACCUUUUCAAGAAGGGUGUCCGCCCUGAAUGGGAAGACCCACAAAACAAGCACGGCGGCAAAUGGUCAUAUUCUUUCAAGGACAAGCGCUCUGUGCCGAUCGACGACCUGUGGUUGCACGCACAACUUGCGGCUAUUGGCGAGACUCUCGAAAACGAUGGAGACAACGAAGUUAUGGGUGUCGUUGUGAACGUACGCAAGGGCUUUUACCGUGUUGGUCUGUGGACACGGACUGUUGGCAAGAGCAUUCCCGGUGACAAGACCAACCGGACACCUGCGCAGGGCAAGGAAAUCCUCGAAUCCAUUGGUCGGCGCUUCAAGGAAGUUCUCCGUCUCAAGGAGGCGGAUGCUGUUGAGUUCUCCGGUCACACGGACAGCGCACACAGUGGCAGCACGAGAGCCAAGGCCAAGUACACCGUCUAA